AACCCUUUACCCCCCUCCACUUCUGUGCUUGUGUUUCAAGAUGAUGCACAGAUUGGUGAGAUCAAGAUCAAUACUCGCUGCAUUAUCGGUAACCAAAGGUUCUUUUCAACAUCAACGAGCCUUCUUUUCAACUUCUAUGUUGUUCGAUGAUACGCAGAUACAGUUCAAAGAAAGUGUCGCUCAAUUUGCCCAAGAGCAUAUAGCACCUCAUGCACCAGAAAUAGACAGAACAAAUUAUUUCCCAAAGGAGGUUAACUUAUGGAAACUAAUGGGUGACUUUAAUCUUCAUGGAAUUACCGCUCCAGAGGAAUACGGAGGACUAGGCCUUGGUUAUUUGUAUCACUGCAUAGCUCUGGAGGAGAUUAGCCGUGCAUCAGGAUCAGUCGGGUUGUCCUUUGGUGCCCAUUCUAACCUCUGCAUCAAUCAAUUGGUGAGAAAUGGAAAUGCUGCCCAGAAGGAAAAAUAUUUGCCCAAGCUAAUCCGUGGGGAGCAUGUGGGAGCUCUUGCGAUGAGUGAGCCGAAUGCUGGUUCAGAUGUUGUUGGCAUGAAAUGCAAAGCUGACCGUGUUGAUGGCGGUUAUGUUCUAAAUGGGAAUAAGAUGUGGUGCACCAAUGGUCCAAUUGCUCAAACUCUGGUGGUUUAUGCUAAAACAAAUGUUGCUGCUCGCUCAAAGGGGAUCACAGCAUUCAUUAUUGAGAAAGGGAUGCCGGGGUUCAGUACUGCCCAGAAAUUGGACAAACUUGGAAUGCGAGGAAGUGAUACAUGCGAGCUUGUUUUUGAUAAUUGCUUCGUUCCUGAAGAGAAUGUUCUUGGUGAAGAGGGAAAAGGAGUGUAUGUGAUGAUGUCGGGUUUAGAUUUAGAGAGACUUGUAUUGGCAGCUGGACCUAUCGGCAUCAUGCAGUCAUGUCUUGAUGUUGUUCUUCCUUACGUCCGCCAACGAGAACAAUUCGGCCGCCCCAUUGGAGAGUUUCAACUUAUGGAGGGGAAGAUUGCAGACAUGUAUACUUCUUUGCAGUCUUCAAGAGCAUACAUGUAUUCUGUUGCAAGGCAAUGUGAUAAUGGGAUACUUGUUCCAAAGGAUUGUGCUGGAGUUAUACUUGUUGCUGCAGAAAGAGCCACCCAAGUAGCUCUGCAGGCAAUUCAAUGUCUGGGUGGUAAUGGGUACGUGAACGAGUACCCGACUGGCCGGUUUCUUCGGGACGCUAAAUUAUACGAGAUCGGUGCCGGAACGAGUGAGAUCAGAAGGAUGAUUGUUGGUCGUGAACUUUUCAAGGAACAAUAAGAAGUUAAUCUCCUUUCUUUUAAAUUAAAAAUCACAAGAAAUGUGCUACUUUUAAUGCAUGGUAUAUAAUUUGAUCAUCUAACUUUUAUGAUUUAUC